CGGAAGCCAAGUCAGCUGAUAAGCGAGGACAUUGUUGCAAAGACCAAAUAUCACUCCUGAAAACUUCCAAUUGCUUUUUGAUGUCAAUGACUUGGAAGUGCUUUUAGCAAAUGCAAAUUCAAUCCAGGGUAGAGUACGGUUUCGAUAGACGAUCUAACGUAGAAAAAAAUUAACAAAAUAUAUACAUACAUGUCCUGGAAAUUGUUCGUGCUAUCCUUAAUCUGUCUUUCUACGGGAUGCCGUGCCUACAAAAUUUUGGCCUUUUUACCAUUUCCUUCCAACAGCCAUCAUGCCAUUUUCCUCGGCCUCAUCAAAGUUCUAGCAGAUCGCGGCCAUGAAAUCACCUACUACACAUCAAUUGAACCGACUUUAUCUCAUCAGAACAUAACAGUCAAAUUGACUCCAAACUUCAAGGCUGAAUUUCUAAAGGAUAUGGAUGUAUUCGAGUUACGUCGGAAAUCUAUUCCCGAGGUUUCACACAUUUUUGCCCGAACUGCAGAAAGAUUCUCUGAACAUUAUUAUGGUAACCAGGUAGCUCAGGAAAUAAUCCAUUCCACGGACAAAUACGACGCUGUAUUAAUGGAAUCCUUUUUCAAUCAAGAGGCAGUCUCGUCAUUGGUUCACAAAUUCGGGUGCGUUGGAAUCGAAGUAUCUACACUGGGCGAUUCGGCGUGGAUUAACGAAUUCGCCGGUGUUCCGUCAAAUCCAGCUUUUCAAGUAGACUUUAAAUCAGAAGAUCUUAGUCAGGAUAUGACGGUAUGGCAAAGGACCUUCAACGUAUAUGUGAUCGCUUCGACGCUCGCUGUCAGCUACUACCAUCUGUACGCGAUGCAGGGCAUCAUGGACAAGUACUUCAACUAUACCGGCUGGGAGACUAGGCCCCCACUGGAUACCUUGAUGGCCAACAGGAGUCUCAUAUUGCUCAACUCUGAUCCAGUCCUCAGCUAUCCAUAUCCGACUGCACCCCACGUCAAGAAUAUCGCUGGCUUGAACUUGAUGCCGAAUAAACCUUUACCAAAUGAUAUUCAGACGUACAUGGACGAGGCUGAGCACGGAGUUAUAUACUUUUCCUUCGGAUCUAAUCUAAAAGCAUCGGAUGUGUUAGUGGGUGAAAAAGGCAAAGCGCUCAUGAAAACUUUUGAAAAAAUGCCACAGCGAAUCCUCAUGAAGUGGGAAACAGACAAUCCGGACCUGAAAAUCCCAAGCAACGUUAGGAUCGGAAAGUGGUUUCCACAGAGGGACAUCUUAGCGCACAAGAAUUGUAUACUGUUCAUUACACAUGGCGGCUUUCUGAGCUUGACGGAGACCGUUUACUAUGGGGUACCUAUCGUCGGUGUUCCUUUUUUCAGCGAUCAAUUUAAAAAUAUGUUCCAUGCCCAAAGUAUGGGUUACGGGUUGAUCAUCAAGUACGAAAACAUCACCGAGGAAUCUGUGUCAUGGGCGCUCAACGAGAUCACCAAGAACCCUAGUUAUAGAGAUGUCGUAAAGUACAAAUCCCAAAUGCUGCGUGACAGAAGACACACGGCACAAGAAGAAGCAAUCUAUUGGGUGGAACACGCCAUUAAGUACCCCAACUCACUGACUCCAAGGUCUGCCUUCAUGUCCUUCUGGGAGAAGAGGAUAUUCGAUGUUGGGACUUUCUUCAUCCUAACGAUAAUUCUAAUGUAUAUAUUGUUGAAAUGUAUUAUGGCUAUAUUUAAGAAGUCGAAACAUAUUAGCAAGAAAAAAGAAAAACUAUCAUGAUGAACAGUUUUUAGAAACCAGUAAACUUGUUCAGCAUUUAGCAUAAAAAUAUUUAUUAUUAAUGAAAAAGUAUUAAAUGAGACAAUCCAGUCAUCAGACGUCCAUUUUGUCUUUUAAUUUUCUAAUUUAAAUAUUAUAAUCAUGAGCUGUUGUGUUAGUUAAUUUAUUAUAUUGUAAAAUAUGUUUAAUCCCCCUCCCAAAAAAAAAAUAUUAAGUAAAAAAAUACGCAUUAAUCAUGCAUAAAUGAAGCCAAAGACAAAUAUUUAUGUAAGUAAUAUAAUUUAUAAGUAUUUUUAUUCCAAACAAUUGAAAUUUCAAAAGGUAUAGGUUACAAAUAACUAAGAUUUUUCGUUGCUUCGAUACCAUACUACUAUCACUAUUUUAUUUUAAAAAGUUUUAGUAAAAAUGAAUAAAAUUUUUAGAUAAUUAUAUAAAUCUUCUGAACAAAUAAGAAAAGAGUUAAUUUAUUCUAAUGACUCUCUAAGUCUAUUCUUAAACUAAUACUCCAUUCAUGAAGCUCAGGCAGAUUCGAUCUUAAUAACUAUUUAAAACAAAUGUCCAUUACAGUUUUUUUUUCUUCUUUUUUUUUGUGACAAAACUGUUGAAAUAUUAAAAUAUUAUAUUUUUUGGCAGUGAAAUAUUUUAUUAUUUUCAAACAGUUAUAUAUCUAUAUGUGUAUAGAUAUCACACACACACAUACACACACACACACGUACACAUA